AUGUACUCCCAAUCCAAUUCCUUCCUCGGCGGAGGAAAUAGUUUCCGCCCUGGCUCGCAGCCCCAGCCACAAUACGGGAACUCGUUUGGGCAGCCUGGGCAGCAACCCGGACAGCAGCAGCCGAGUCCGUUCGCUCCUCAGCCCACCGGUUACGGUCAACCCCAGGCUCCUCUUCAACAACAGUAUACCGGAUACCCCGGCCUGCAGCAACCGCAGCCUCAAGCUCCCGGCCAGCUUCAGCCCCAGUUCACCGGCUUCCCCGGCCAGGCUGCUCCUCAGCAGCAGCCCUUCCAGACCGGCGCCCCGCCGCCUAUGCCUGCUAUCCCACAGCAGUUUCAGCAGCAGUUUCAACAGCAGCAGCAGCAACAGCAACAGCAGCCUCCGAGUUCCUUCAAUGCCACUCCCACCCAACUCCCCCAGCAGCAAACUGCUGCUCAGCAGCCGCCGCCGACCCCCAUGAAGCCCCAGCCGACUGGGUUCAGCCAGAUGGCUGCAUCCUUCCGGACUGGCGGCGCCUCGGCGGCGGCUCCUAGCAGCGCACCGGCGCCCAAGUCGAACAAGAUACCUAACAUCCGACUCAGCUUCAUCACGGCGGCUGAUCAAGUCAAGUUCGAGACGCUGUUCAAGUCGGCAGUGGGCGACAACGACACCACCAUGUCGGGCGAGAAGGCAAGGGACUUGCUCAUGCGAUCCAGGCUGGACGGAGACGCACUAUCACAUAUCUGGACUUUGGCAGACACCACACGUUCCGGACAGCUUCACUUUCCCGAGUUCGCUCUGGCUAUGUACCUCUGCAACCUAAAAAUGACUGGGCGACAACUUCCUCCACAGCUUCCCGAUGUUAUCAAGAAUGAAGUCUCUAGUAUGGUCGACAUAAUCAACUUCAACACGGCGGAGGAGGCGGCGAACGGCGGAGCACGACAGAAUACUGCGACGCCGCCCACGAUUCAGGCGCCACAACCACAAGCGUCCAACUCCCAGCUGCUGCAGGCUCAGAUGACGGGUUUCCCUCAGCAACAGCAGCCCCAGCAGACCGGGUUCAUGGCACAGCCCACGGGCCUCCAGCCCCAGCAGACCGGGUUUCCUGGAGCUCCUCAGGCCACGGGCUACAACGGGCCGAGGCCGCCCAUGCCUCCGAUGCCCACUGGAUAUGGGUCGAACUUGUCGCCCGGCGGUAUGGCAGCGCCUUUGAAUGCGCAGCCCACGGGGAUGCCAGGCCAAUGGGGCCUUGUGAACGCUCCAGCUUCUGGGCUGCCGAACAUUGACGCCCUGCAAGCGAGGAUGAUGCCACAGCAAGGACGUGAGCAGCAGAACUUCACAACUGCGGGCCUACAAGGCAAUGCUGUGAUUCCGUGGGCUAUCACCAAGGAAGAAAAGAGGCGAUACGACCAGUUGUUCAACGCCUGGGAUGGUCUCCACAAGGGCUUUAUUGGCGGUGACGCAGCUAUUGAGAUUUUUGGCCAGAGUGGGCUCGAGAAGCCUGAUCUGGAACGUGUUUGGACCCUCGCGGACCAUGGCAAUAAAGGCAGGCUGAAUUUGGACGAGUUCGCCGUCGCCAUGCACUUGAUCUACCGCAAACUGAACGGGUAUCCCCUGCCAAAUCAGCUUCCUCCGGAGCUUGUGCCGCCGUCAACCAAAAAUUUCAACCAAUCUAUCGGCACACUCAAGAACAUGUUGAAUGACGAAUCCGAGUUCCGAAAGAACUCUGGCGCCGCACUGCUCCCGCAAAAGACGGGUGUUAGCUAUCUCAAGACGCACUCCUUCCGUGGUGCUGGGGGCGGCUUUGGUGGUGGACGCAAGGAUGCUACUGUCUUCAAAAAUAACGAUGAAGCUGUCGGCUACCGAUCUAGCGCACGUCGUAGAAUGGGAGGCGGCUCAUCUCCUCGGCCGGAGUCACCGGCGUCUGUGGGGUCUAACGAGGAAUUGUCGCUUGAUCAGCUCCGCAAGAAGUUACGAGAGAAGCAGGUCAUUCUGGACUCAUUGGACUUCAAGGACGAGAAGAACAUGGAAGAGGAUGACGUUCUAGAUCGGAGAGACCGUCGUGAGGCUGAUGAGCUCUACCGUCGCAUUCGCAGAACGCAAGAGGACAUUGAUGCCCACCCUGAUGCCCAAGCCGUCGGCGGAGACUCUGAAGCGGAAAGGAGGGCUCUCAAGCGUCAACUCCAGAACUUCACCGACAAAAUUCCUGAUCUCGCAUCACAGGUCAGGAAGACUGAAAAGGCCAUCGCUGAUGCACGUCUUGAAUUGUUCCGCUUGAAGGAUGCCAAGGCACACCCAGGCAGCGCCAGCAAUAUAGUCGGCACCGGUCCUGGAGGUGCCAUCACCGAAUCUGACAGACUCAAGGCCCGUGCAAAGGCCAUGAUGCAGCAACGUACGGCAGCACUCACGGGCAAGAAGAUCGACACUGCCGCCGAUGAUGGAGAUGCACCCAAGCGUUUGGAAGAGGAGAACCUCAAAAUCCGUACUGAAAAAGAGAACAAUGAGCGCAUGGUCCGCGACGUGGAAGACAGUGUUCGCGACUUCGCCAAGGGGCUCGAGGACGCCCUCAAAGAGGGUGCACCGAGUGCCUCGAAUGAGCACGAAAAGCGCAGAUGGGAAGAUGCUCUCGGCGUGGAAGACGAGGUCAGAGAUUUCAUCUUUGACCUUCAGCGGGAGAGCAGGUCAGCACGUGUGCGUAACCAGGACCGCCGCAGGGAGGCGCCUGCUUCUAGCCAACCCGUUCGUACUGCUGAGCCAGCGGCCCCUGUUGAGAGUCCAAGCGCGGCUUCUCGGACUGCUACACCGACUGCUGGAGGAUCGUACUCGGCCUACAAGACCCCAGAGGAGCGAGCCGCGUUCAUCAGACAGCAAGCUGAGCAACGUAUGGCUGAGCGUCUGGCAGCCCUUGGGAUCAAGGCCCCAUCGAAGCCGGGCGAGACUGCUGCCCAGCGGAUGGAGCGUGAGCGUGCCGAACGGGCCGCGAAGCUCAAGCAAGCUGAGGAAGAGGAUGCCCGCCGAGAUGCAGAGCGUCAAGCUCGGCUCGACCAGGAGAUGGGCGUGCCAACUCCCAAGUCCGACGGCAAGAAGGCCCCACCAGCGCCUCCCAGCAGGAAGGCUGCACCGAAACAGGAUGAUGGUGCUGCUCGGCGAGCUGAGGAAGACGCUGCCAACAAGAAGGCUGAGGAGGAGCGUCUUGAGCAGGAGCGCCAGCAGGAGAUUGAAGAGAGGCAAGGACUUGAACAACAAGCGGCGGAACAAGAAGACGAUCUUGCCCGGGAGCGGGCCGCUGCCGAUGCCCGGCUCAAAGCCCUUGAGGAGCAAGUCCGUCAAGGCAAGCUCAAGAAGGACGAAGAGAAGCGCAAGAAGAAGGCCGCACUUGCCGAGGCCAAGGAGAAGGAGGCUCAGCUUGCGGCCAGACGUGCCGAGAUCGAAGCAGCCCGCAAGCGCGAAGAAGAGCUUCAGCGCCAACUCCAGGCCAUGGACGACGACGACAGCUCUUCUGACGACGAUGACAAUCCUCAGCAGAUCACGCCUCAAGCGUCGACUCCCACUGUCGCCAGUCAAGAGUUGGAGCCUAAGGCCACACCGCCAGGCGUGCCUGCUGUUCCUGUGGUCAGCCCUCCCACGGACUCAGAGAGUCGCAACCCAUACUUCAAGAUGAUGACACAGCCAUCCGACUCAACCGCGGCAUCUCCUGCCGCCCCGCCGCCGCCGCCGCCCCCGGCGGAGGCCCCAUCUGCACCUGUGGAAUCCACCAAUCCCUUCCACCGGAUGACCCAGGAGGCUAAGUCUGCGGCCCCUGCUGAGCCGCCUAAGCCCUUCAUUCGCACACGCGCCGAUAGUGACGACUGGGGAAGUGACAAUGACAAGGACGACGAUGAUUCAGAUGACGACGACAGGCCAGGCCAGGGCGCUGCGGCACUGGCGUCGAUCCUCUUCGGCACCAUGGGCCCUCCUCGGCCGCUGUCUGCUAUGGGUGACAAGUCGGGUGCCUCUCCGGCCCAGAGCUCUCCAAUCGCUCCACCACCUCCUCCUCCACCAGCCUCGGAUCCGGCGCCCGAGACGACCGACUUGCCCGCACCACCUGCGCCGCCACCACCACCCCCGAUGCCUGCUGUCGCAAGCCCCGAACCAAGCGGUGCCCCAUCCGCACCUCCGCCGCCGCCACCCCCUCCGCCAGCGGCAGGUGGUGCUCCGCCGCCUCCCCCUGGGCCGCCGCCUCCUCCUGGACCGCCGCCUCCUCCUGUCCCAGGAAUGGGACCUCCGCCACCUCCGCCACCACCAGCCGGUGGCCCUCCACCGCCGGCUCCCUCAGGUGGGCGACCAGCCGGGUUCCUUGGUGAGAUCCAGGCGGGUAGGUCGUUGAAGAAAACUACGACAAAGGACAAGAGCCAGGCGGCUAAGGUGACCUUCAAGAGCUCAGAGUACAGUGAGGACAUGGACGGUGGUAAGGCUGUCGAGAUUGAGGAUUAUCUUGAUUGUGUAGAUGAGGCCAGAAGGUUGUCUGGAGGCAGUGAGGAGGUUGUUGACGUCGGCAAGUACCUCGCCUGUGUUGACAAGACGAGGGAACUGGUCGACGACAAACAUGAAGCGGUCCACCGUGAGGCUCAGGAAGAGAGGCCUCGCCUGUCAUCGACGGGAGACACUCUCAGCAUGGCCUUGCUUAGAUUCUGUGGCAAACACGGGAUCGAGAAGGAGGGUUGGAAGAUGCAGAAAUAG